GCUUUUAUAAGAAAGAAAGAGACACACUCUGCCUACAAGCGCACACGUUACGCGCAUGCGCGUGACUGUUAGACAGUGACACACCGGCCUCUAUUGCAACGUUCUCUUUUUAUCCCACUAUCGCAUGCGCUUACACGUCGUCCCAUACCUACUUCCCUCUAUCUGUAAUAGCUCUAUGACUGUCAAGUGUCAUAGCUUGUUGAGCCGUUGAGCCGUUGAGCCGUUCAGCCUCUGAAGUCUGAUCUCGCUGUAACGGUACAUGUUGUAUUCCGGACAAGUCAAGAACACAUUCCUUUAAAUCGUUAAACCGCAGUGUUAAAUCGUGAAAGUUUCUAGCAAGUAACGACAUGAAUUCAAGUACAGUUUCGAAGCCUGCCGUUGCGCCAUCGGUACAGGAAUUCAGCAUUCGAGUACCAAAAAAUAGCAAGAAGAAGCACAAUGUCAUGAGGUUCAACGCGACGUUGAACGUAGAUUUCUCAAAGUGGACUCAAGUGAAGAUGGAACGGGAGAACAAUAUGAAGGAGUACAAGGGCAUAGAAGAGGAAAUGCCCAAGUUCGGCGCCGGAUCCGAGUUUGGGCGUGACGCCAGGGAGGAAGCCAGGAGAAAGAAAUACGGUAUCACCAGCAGAAAGUACAAGCCGGAGGAUCAGCCGUGGAUUUUGAAGUCGGGUGGAAAAACUGGGAAGAAGUUCAAAGGCAUCCGGGAGGGGGGAGUCAGCGAAAAUGCUGCUUACUAUGUCUUCACGCAUGCUGCUGACGGCGCCAUAGAAGCGUUUCCUUUACACGAAUGGUAUAAUUUUCAGCCGAUUCAGAGGUACAAGGCACUCAGCGCCGAGGAGGCGGAGCAGGAGUUCAGUCGUAGAAAUAAGGUGAUGAAUUACUUCUCGCUGAUGCUGCGCAAGAGAUUGAGGAACGAUGAGGAUGGCGGGGACGAGGAAGAGUUGGUUGAAGUUGGGAAGGGCAAGAAACCGGGUAAGAAGGAGAAGGAACUGAAGAUUUCGGAGAUGGACGAGUGGAUGGACAGCGACGACGAUGAGUCGGGCAGCGACGAGGACGAGACUAAGAAGGGCUCUGAGGAGGAGGAGGAUGGAAAAAAUAACAAGAAGGACAAGGGUAACGAACAUGAACAAAAGAAGAAGAAGAAGAAGAAAAAUGUCUCGGACGAUGAGGCGUUCGAGGAGAGCGACGACGGCGAUGAGGAGGGAAAAGAAUGCGAUUAUAUUUCUGAUUCCUCCGAUUCCGAAUCGGACGAUCAACAGAAGUCUGUCGCGGAAGAGGACGCGUUGAGGAAAUUGCUCGCAUCUGACGAAGACGAAGACGACGAGGAACAAACAGAUAAGAAGGACGGAGAAGAAGAUAAGGACGAAGACGAGGAAGGAAAAGAAAAGGACGAUAAAGAUAAGGACAAGCUUGGUAAAGAAAUGGACAAAAGGAAGGACAAGAAGAAGAAGAAGAAAGCCAAGAAAAAGGAUCAGAAGAAAUCAGUGUCGGGAAAGGAUUCGUCUAGCGAUUUCUCCAGCGACUCGGAUUCGGAUUCCGAUACAACAUUAAAAGACAACAAGAAACCGAACAGUGCACAUAGUUCAAGAUGCUCGACGCCAACACCUGCAACGUCCGGUGUCUCGGAUUCUCUCAAGAGAAAGCAAUCUGGCUCUCCCGAUUUGUCGCAAGCGAAAAAAUUGAAACUCGAUAAUUUCAACCUGGUUCCAGUAACGUCGUAUAUACCGGGGGCGAACGAAUCGGGAAUCACGGAGGAUGCAGUGAGGCGAUACUUAAUGCGCAAGCCGAUGACGACGACCGAGCUGUUGCAGAAAUUUAAAUCCAAGAAAACUGGCCUCACAUCCGAGCAACUUGUCAACAUUAUGACUCAAAUACUGAAGAAGAUAAAUCCUACCAAGCAAACUAUCAAGAACAAAAUGUAUUUAUCAAUCAAGGCGCAAUCCAACUGAUAUCAGUGCACACAUGAGGCAUCUAGUUGUUCACGAUUGUUCGAGAUUACAUGUGUACAGCGUUUGUUCAGUUACACAAUGCCGUUCUCUGUAAUGACUCCACGAAGCUGUACCUGUAUAUAAAAGUUUUACGAAAUUG